AUGGCGCCAUCACAAGCUAGCCACACCCCUAGCUUGGCUACUUGGACCAAAUCGCUCAGAGACCAGUCGCUAGAGGCAUCAAUUGAGUCGCUGAUCUUCCUCCUCAAACGGAGACAGGUCACAGGCGAUGAAUGCGCCGGCGCAAUCGCCCAGCUCCUCCGCCAGGUCGUUGCGAAGUCCAAAUGGCAUGAUGUCGACCAGCUGCUCUACCGCGUGCAGACUGCCGGCGCACGACUCGCUCGCGCGGCCCCCCAUGAGCCCGUGAUUGGCAACAUCCCUCGCCCCGAGCCAGCCUCCUCCCCAACAACGUCCCCCUCCCCCGCUCGCACGCUCACCUCGGGCCUGCAAGUCUCCAAGUCUAUGUUUAACCUGCUCUCGGUGGCCGACCCGAGCGAGAGCCCCGUGACGGGAGCAUCGACGCCCAUCUCGCAGGCACAGCAGCCGUUCAGCGUGCACGCGCUGCGCUCCGAGGUGAUGGACGGCAUCGAAGAGAUCCUUGACGAGAUCAACCAGGCCGACGACCAGAUCGCCAGCUUUGCGGAGAUUCAGAUCCAUCCGGGCGACUACGUCCUUGCCUAUCAGCCCUCGAAGACGGUCGAGCGAUUUCUUGUGAAGGCUGCCUCCAAGCGUCGGUUUACGGUCAUUUUAGCCAGCCUGAACCCGCCUGCUCCCGGGGAGGAGGAGCAGCCUUAUGCUGCGCUGCGCAAGAAGCUAAAUGCAGCGGGCGUUAGCACCAUUAAUCUGGCGAGUAACGGGCUGAUGGCGUACAUACCACGAGUGAACAAGGUCAUUUUCGGCGCGAAGGCGGUUUAUCAAAAUGGUGGUUUGCUGGUCGACAGCGGGGCGUGUAUUGCCGCCCAGGCUGCCCAUGAGUACCUGAAGCCAGUAAUUGCGCUGUGUGGUGUCUACAAGUUCUGUCCUGAGGACCCAAGUGAUGAAGUGUCGCGCGGUGAGCUGGGCAACCCGUCCAGUUACGUCAGCUAUGCAGAUGGUCCUGAGCUGGACUCGUUCGAGGUCGAGAACACCACGACCGACUAUAUCCCUCCCGAUCUGGUCGACGUGUACCUGACCAAUCUGGGGCCGCAGACUCGUCACCAUCUUGGUGGCAUUUACGCUGACCACUACAAGAUCGAGGACAUUGGCUUCUCCCUGCAGGUUGGCGAGUAA